AUGCCCUCGGACUUCAUCUCUCUGCUCAGCGCCGACCUCGACCUCGAGUCGCCCAAGUCCCUCUACUCCAAGGAAUCAGUCUAUGAUCUCCUCCCUAAGGAGCUGCAGCUGCCACCUUCCAGAGAACUCUCAAUAGCAUCCAUGAGUCAAACAAGUGGGGGAGAAGUGGGUUCGCCCCCCCCAGGCAUAGUUGCUGCUGAUGCUUCUUCAGCUCCCUCUUCCUCCGUGGGCGGUGCUUGCAGCUCCUUUACCACCACUUCCGGCCCCACCAUUUACUCUACCUCAGUCACUGACAGCAAAGCUAUGCAAGUGGAGGGCUGCUCCUCAGCCAUGGGGGUAAGUAACCGUGGGGUAAGUGACAAGCAGUUAACCAAUAACACAGUCCAGCAGCCACCACAGUCCACCCCGAAGAGGCACACAGUCCUGUACAUCUCACCACCACCAGAGGAUUUGCUGGACAACAGCCAGAUGUCUUGCCAGGAUGAGGGGUGCGGAUUGGAGUCUGAGCAAAGCUGCAGUAUGUGGAUGGAAGACUCCCCCUCUAACUUCAGUAACAUGAGUACCAGUUCCUACAAUGAUAACACUGAGGUGCCACGUAAAUCUCGUAAACGAAAUCCAAAGCAGAGGCCAGGGAUCAAACCACGAGAUUGUGAAGAAUCGACCAUGGAUAUCUUUGAUGCUGACAGUGCCAAAGCGCCUCAUUAUGUCCUUUCUCAACUCGGCACGGAGAGCAAAAGCAACUUGAAAGCAGGAAAUGGAACCUCAGAAGUCCCCAAGGCGACUGGAGGGAAGAAGUGCCCUAUGUUGUGUGGUCAGUACCUGAGUAAAAGUGAAGGCAAAGAGCUGAAGAUCCUGGUACAGCCGGAGACUCAACACAGAGCUCGCUACCUCACUGAGGGCAGCCGAGGCUCAGUGAAAGACAGAACCCAGCAGGGAUUCCCCACCAUCAAGCUGGAAGGUCACAAUGAUCCUGUGACCUUACAGAUAUUUGUGGGUAAUGACUCUGGCCGGGUGAAGCCCCAUGGAUUCUAUCAGGCCUGCAGGGUCACAGGGCGGAACACCACACCCUGCAAAGAGGUGGACAUCGAGGGCACCACGGUCAUCGAAGUGGGCCUGGAUCUGAGUAACAGCAUGACCCUGGCGGUGGACUGUGUUGGAAUUCUGAAGUUGAGGAAUGCGGAUGUCGAAGCCCGAAUAGGCAUUGCUGGUUCUAAGAAAAAAAGCACCCGAGCCAGGCUGGUUUUCCGUGUCAACAUCCCGCGGAAAGAUGGUUCUAUUCUAACGCUACAGACUCCGUCCUCGCCCGUUCUGUGCACUCAACCUGCAGGCGUGCCAGAAAUACUCAAGAAAAGCCUGCAUAGCUGUUCAGUGAAAGGAGAAGAAGAAGUAUUUUUGAUCGGCAAGAAUUUUCUGAAGGGAACCAAAGUGAUCUUCCAAGAGAAUAUCUCUGAUGAAAGUUCCUGGAAAGCCGAGGCAGAAAUUGACAUGGAGCUGUUUCAUCAGAAUCAUCUAAUUGUGAAGGUGCCACCUUAUCAUGACCAGCAAAUAACUACAUCUGUUUCUGUUGGGAUUUUUGUCGUGACCAAUGCUGGGAGAUCACAUGACAUACAACAAUUUACAUACACUCCAAAUACAUCAGCAGCUCAUACUCUGAAUGUGAACGUGAAGCAGGAAAUAUCCAGCCCAACCCAGCCCUGCUCUUUUGAUGAUGCAGCCAAAGUGAAUUCCAAUGGCUGCCAGCUGGACCAAGUAAAUCUUCUCCCCAGUGCCUUGGUAACUCCUCUCAGGCCAAACAGUAUCGUUAAGAAUGAAGAGGCUGCUCCAAUGGAACUUGUGGCCGAGAAAAUGUCUCUUCCUGCCUUUAAUACAACCAGCGCCAUUGGGCAAUCUCAAACAACUUUGGAGACCACCAUAUCCAGCAUGUUGGGGAAUGGCACUUUCUCCUCUUCUGCUUCUCAUUUGGCUCCAGAGAGUGAAAAGCAGCCCCUGCAACCAAAGUAUCCUCCUGAGACUAUGCCGACCCUUCAGGCCCCGGACGUCGUGCAGUCUGGCAGCUUUCCAGCUGCCUCUGCUCCGAGCCAGCUGCAGAACAGUGAUACCCUCCUGCAGCAGGCCUCCCAGUUCCCCUUGAGGGAGCCUUCCUCCAGAGAGGCUUUGCAGUCAGACAGCACAGCCAUGGCUUUGUCCCAGCUGACGGAGACCCCCCAACAGCCUCCUCCCCUUCAGGAGUCCAGCCAGGCACUGCAGCAGCAGAUCUCCUCAAGCAUGUUCUCGGCCGAUGGGGUGAGCCAGCUGCAGAGCACAAUCCAGCAGCUGCAGACGGGGAGUUUUCAGUCCGGCCCUGGUGGCAGCGGCAGCGGCAACAGCAGCAGAAAUGUUGACCUGGUUCAGCAAGUCCUGGAAGCUCAGCAGCAGCUGUCGUCUGUCCUCUUUUCAGGCUCUGAGAGCGAGGACGUUCAAGAGCAGCUCAGUGUAGACAUUUUCCAGCAGGUUAGCCAAAUCCAGAAUGGAGUCAACCAGGGCAUGUUUUCUUCAUCGGACACUGUUCACUCGAGGGCAGAAGACCACCUCCCCAGCCGAAAUGAGACCAUGCACCCGCAACCAGAGACUUCGUUGGCUGGCCAGCAGCAGCCGCAGCAACAACCGCAAGUGAUGGAGACGUCUGCUGCGAUGGUGAUCGACAUGCAGCAAGGCCUUUGCCAGGCCCCCAGCUGCAUGCCGUCCGACUUGUUCUCCUCCGCCUCCUCCGCCUCCUCCUCCUCCUCCUCGGGAAAUGGAAGCAUCCAGCAGUCCCCAGUGUACCCGCCAACUUCCCAUUUGAUAGGCGGGCUGUCAGCGAGUGAAGACAUGCAAAUGCAGUGUGAGCUGUUCUCUCCCACCAGUGUCUCAAGCAACGAUGCAGGCACUCCAGGGCAGCCGCAGCAGGAGCAGGUGCCCACCAGCGGCCCUGCCAUGUUCCCGGCUUCAAGCUCUGUGGAAGGCAAAGAAGCUUCAGGACAAGCCAAACAGAUGCAGAGCAGCGUCUUUCAGGCGAUGGUCCAAAUACAACACAGUGGGGAAAGCCAGGCUCAGGUUGCCCUCUUUCCUUCCUCGGAGGACAUGAUGGCUGCCGUUCAAGGUGCCGGAGCCCAGCAGCAGGGUGGGGGGCUCUUCCAGCAGAGUGGAGAGAUGCUCUCUCUCCAGGCGGGCACUUUCUUGCCCCCAGCUGCCCACUCCCAGCCUCAGCUAUUCCACUCUCAGAGCCCCAUCGGGGACACCCAGAGCAUCUCUCAGGAGACGCCCAAUUCUCUUUUCCAUAGCCAGAAUGCAGCCUCUUCUUCUGAGCAGCUGCAGCAGCAGCCAAUGUUUCAUUCCCAGGGAAGCCUAGGAGUGGUUCCGGACCAGCAGGCAAGCAGCCUGUUUCUCUCCCAAAAUACAAUGGGCUCCUCCGUUGCGCAGGAGGAGCAGAUGCCGUUCUUCGCCACACAAAGCUCUCUUUCUCCUUUGCAAGGCCCAGCCAGGACUGAGCAGCAACCCUCCUUCCAACAGCCCCACCUCCAAGGCCCUCUGCUCACCCAGGAGCAGCCCCAGUCGACACAUCAGGCCCUUUUCCAGGCCCAAGUAACUCUAGGCCCCCUCCCUCCCUCUGGGGUGCCUCCCAACCAGCAGGGGGGCAUUUUCCAAGCUCAGCAUUCGCUUGUGGCUCUUCAGAAUAGUGCCUCUACCCAAGAGCAGCAGCAGCAGCAGCAAAAUAUGCGGUUCAGCAGCCAGAACACCAUGGGCUCCGUGACCUCUCAGAAGCCAACACUGCUGUUCAGCUCCAAUCCCAGCACGAUGACCAGUCAGGAACAACAGCAGAGCCAGCCUCUCUUCCACCCCCAGAGUAGCCUGGCCCCGAGGAGCCAAGAGCAGCAGCCCAUGCAGUUCCAGAGCCGGAGUUCAGGCUCCACCCAAGCUGAGACACCACAGCCGCCGCCAAGCUUAUUCCAUGGCUCGGAGCCGGUCACCCUCUUCCUAUCAUCAGCUUCCAUGUCUGCCUUGCAGGGCAACAUGAGCCAGCAGGAGUUGCAACAACCCCCUCUCUACUCCCCACAGAGCAACCUGCCAAAUAUACAGGAUACUUCAUCGGCCCCCCAGCAGCAGCAGCAGCAGGCAGUCACUUUGUUUCACAGUGCCUCUGCUGGAAGUUCUAUCAACCAGCUGCAGAACCCCUCCACCUCAUCCCCACAGACCUCUGGGAUAUUCCUCUUUGGCAUCCAAGAUGGUUGUGGUCAGCUCUUAACAUCUGGACCAGGUUCCAUGUCAGAGCAGAUGAUGACCCUCAGGCAAGCACAGAAUGAGGCACAGCCAUCCGUCACAGCUCUCCUGUCCCAGCAAAUGUCAGAGAGUCCUCAGAUUUCUUCUGCAAUGACCACCAAUCAGAAUAUGAAGAAGAUUGAUGACUUGCUUGUAUCCUUACAAAAUCAGGGGAACAAUGCCAUGGCUGGAUCCUUCUAA